AUGUACUCAUCUGAGACCAAAGACCUCCGUGCCUACGCAGAGGGAUGGGAUGCACCAGAAUUCGGCGAGGAUGACCAGUGGAAGAAAGCCACUCCAGUUACCAGCCCAAGAGGCAAGCUGAAGUCACAGAAGACCUUCGAGCUAGGCACUGCCGCCUUCGACACGGGUCAGAACAUGACCACAACGGUCAAGCUUCAGGUUCGAGGACCUGCUGGCGCGGAGGUCCUCAUCCGAUUUCCAAAGACGAUUGAUAACGAAGGCAGAGUGUUGAUGCCAAAUCCGAUCUUCCAGCAAUUCGAAACGGGUGUGUUCUGCAAGUAUACUCUUCCUGGCAACGGCAUCUUGACCUGGGAACCCGACUUCUGCGUCACGAGCGCGCAGUACACCCAAGUCGAAAGCGUCGCGCUCGAGUCCAAGAACCCUAACCACCUCCGCGUCGUCGUGUCCCUCGAUAGCCGCCCCAUCUCAUCAGCGGCCCGUCGCCUUGGCUGCAUCACGACCGACAAGGACGACGAAAACCAACCCAUCAAUGUGUGCUACUGCGCGUUUAUUCCGAGCUUCUUCAGCUACCACACCGACUGUCCGCAAAUCGAAGAGUUCGGCUGGCCAGAGGCCACCCACCUACUCGCCCCUGCUACCCAAUACAUCAGGCAUGAGGAGACGCUCUACACCGAGACACCAAAUGAUAUUGUCGAAGCCUGA